UCCAGUACGAAAUCUGCCCUUAACUCCAGUGUCUAUCUCGUGUGUGCUCUUGGUUAAUACGUAUUUGUAAAUAAAAAUUGCGGGUUGAGAUAGGUAGUGUGGUGGUGUCUAUGAGAAUAGAGGCGCAUGGUUAAUAUUUCGUAGAAAAUUUGAAAAGAUGAUUCAAAAAUUAAAGAAGAAACCCAAAGCUUUGGAUAUCAAUCAGUAUUUUAUAUGAUUGUGCGUGCAAGAACAAUUAUGUGAUGAGUGCAGAUGUAGAAAUAUCUACAAAAUGGGGAGUUUACCAAAUUUGCAUGAGCUGGGAAAACCUCCUGGUGAAGAGCAGGGAUAUAAGCCAGGGCCGGCAUUGGGCCAUCUAUGCGGUGGAUGCAAUGGGGCCCUAACAGAGGUUGAAAAGACAAAAAUAUUACACAGGUUUUCUGGACACAAUAGAAUAACAAAAGCAAGAAGCAAUCCUCAAGAAUCAAAUAGGAUAAUAUAUGAUGAUUUCAUAGGGGAGAGCACCAUCUCUCCAAGCAGAUCCAGAUUUAACCUUCAUUUACAGGGUGUAAGACGUAGAGACUCUAUUAAUAGUUCCAUUGGAGCAACAUCUGUUAGAAGACUGUUAGCUGUUGUCAGAGGUGGCAACAGAAAUGGGCCUACAGGUCGAAUAACUGGACCUGUGUACACAAAGAAGAUCCUAAUCGUGAACCUAAUAGUGAUAUCCAUUAGCCACCUUUUUUCUUCCAUCGCAUUUUUACCAUUUUUGGUUUUACAAAGCUCUGUGUCGGUAUGGUAUAAUCCAGUUCACAGUGAUGUUAUCAAUGUGAACAAAGGAUCUUACAUGGUUUCUGCUAGUUCUAUAAUAGCAGCUGGUUCAGCUUUAGUAGCCCCAUGGAUAUUAAGACGGAUUAGCCCAUGUGUGACGAUUGCCGUAUGCAAUGGUAUCAUGAUAAUCUUCUACCUAUCCCAUAUAUACAACGUAUUGUACGUGACAAUCCCAUCAUACAUUAUAUUGGGGCUUAUACAAGGGGCUCUGUCCUCUGCACAUAUAUCAUUCCUUCUGAGCCUUUCGCAUAAAAUAACUGGAUUAUUUCAUGAGGAGGAUGACGAAGGACGCACUGCCAGAAGGACGGUCGUUAUCCGAAGGGUAGCCAGGGCAUUUCAGGGUUCUCAUGAUUUUGGACUUAUAGUAGGAUCGGUCCUAUCAGCACUGAUAAUAACAUGUACUGUUAAUCUUAAAAACAAUUUACAAAAUAUUAAAAAUGUCACAGAUUCAUCUCUGGAUUCAACGGUAUGCACCGAAAACUCCAGUUACCUUAUUCCACACUGCCAAAACAACACAGAUUUCGGAUCGUCAAAUAAUAUCUAUGACUACAGUGCUUUUUUAGAUGAUAUUUUUGAUACAACAGAAGACGGUAGACUGUGUGGUGCGCAGGCGUGCCCUGUUUCCAGUUCGUCUAUUAAUUCAUCUUUGAUAUCGGAGUCUGGAUUCAGUAUUUUGCCAAGAAAAACUGCAGACGUGUUGGUUAUAGUAUAUGGAGCAAUGUGUGGUAUCGCGCUAAUACUAGCAGUUUUUAGCUUUGAGAGAACGAAGAUGCUAGCUUAUCAGGAACCAAUGGAGAAAGGAGAAAUAAUUUCGGCUAUAAGGGCAGUUAAGGAGAGUUUUAGAGAUAUAAGACUGCAAAUGGCUGCCCCGUUAGCUGUUUUUAUAGGAAUUGAACAAGCAUUUAUGUAUGCUGGUUUUAGUAAGUCCUACGUAGUCUGCACAUUAGGAAUACACCGACUGAAUUUAGUAUUCUUGGCAAUGGGACUAUUACAAUCAAUAGCUGCAUGUACUCUUAGUAUGUUGCUGAGAACAAUCAGAAGGUACUACGUUGUUGGUGUUGGAUUUGCGUUUCAUGGUUGUCUCAUAAUGGUUUUAAUUUUAUGGAAUCCCAGUGAAGAUGAUCCAGCACUUUUUUAUGUUAUUUCUGCGUCGUGGGGAGUAUGCAAUGCUAUUUGGGAAAUGCUCAUUUUUACAUUUUUGACUGGCCAAUAUGCCGACAACUGGGAAGCAGCAUUUGCCAACGCAAACUUUUUCAAAUUUUCAGGACUAUCAUUAUCUUUUCUACUUCAUGGCUUUUUGUGUAAUAUCUGGAAGUUAUACUCACUGGCAUUUCUCAUGGUUAUAGCCGUCGUAUCUUUUGCUUGGUUGGAAGUUUGGAUGGAAAAUAUGAGAAAAGUUAAGAAUAUUUCAAGAUUAUGACCUAGACUGAACUUUUGGUAAUCCUAAGAAAAAUUUCAGUGGUUGUUGGCACAUAUCAAGUUAUUUUUGCUAAUUGUACAUAUCUAGUUGGAUGUAAUUAUAAAUAAAAAUAAACAGAACCCAUUUUGAACGUAAGGACAAUCAAUUAAAAGAAUAAUAAUGCAGAAUUUAGAAUUGUAAUAUAUUUUUGAUAUUUAUUAAAUUGUUGAAAAACAUUCAAAUACACAUUCAAUAAUAUUUAUGUUGGGGAUUAAACUAGAAUUAGUGAAUCUUUAGAAUAUCAGUCACAUUAUAUUAUUAAUUUUACAACUUAUUUAUUGAGCGAAAGAAGAGAGACAGAGAAGAGGGCACUUUAAGAAGAAGAAGAAGAAUUGAAAGAAACGAGAAAAGAAAUAUAGAAUAUAAAGAAGAGAAAGUAGAAUUAAAAAAGUCUGAGUGGAGUCAGGUGGAAAAUAGAUUGGAAGACUUCAAAAGAAAUGGAAAAUAAACAAUAUUAUAGUAACUGGAUUAAAUAUUGAUACAGAUGAAGACAAAAUAAGAGAAGAUAUGUCAAAUAUUAAAAAAGAGCAACAAAACUAGGACAGAAACCUUGUUUGUUGCAAAUAACUAGAAUACGUGCCAAAAACUAGAAUUGUGUUGAAAAAAAGAGUCAGCUGAAAAGUUAAAAGGAAAAAAGGUAUUCAUAAAUGAUUAUCAAAUAACGAAUGAAAGAGAAAUUAGAAAAGACAUAACUGAAAAAUGUAAGGAACUUGUAGAGGAAUGGAGAUGGGUAAAGAGAGAUAUUUUUAAAAAUAUUGGAAUGCAAAAAAACGGGGAUUAGUGGAGAAGGAACAGAAGUCGAAAAAACGAAGGAAAGUUGUGGCAAAAAAAAGGAAUAUGAUAAAGGCAAAAUUGGCAAACCCCUGUCUAUAACAACAGACAUGAAUAAAUUAAAUUCAACAAUGAAAAGCAUAAAACACAUAUUAGUCCAGAAAGCCACUGCGCAUCCGCUAGGAAAAAUAUUCUAAUUCGGAUUUUUUGCACAUUCUUACUCAAAAAGGACCCCUUUUAUCAAAUUCGCAUGUUGCCAGGACCAAAAGGUGGUCAAAAAUUUUUUAAACGUUUUUUUUUUUGUUUUUUUCCCAAAAUUAUUUUUUUUGCAUGGAAAAAAGUUUUUUUAGGUUUCUUGGAUCAUUCCAAACAGAAAAGGUCUUUAGUGACUUUUCUCUAAAAAUGAUAGUUUUUGACAUAUAAGCGAUUAAAAAAUUGAAAA